GGCAGGCUCCGUUCUCCGAUGGCAGAACAACAACCGACGGCGAGACAGAAACUUUCCCAAACUUCUCCAGAGACUGAAGAAAGUUAGGAAAAACACACCGGACCGGAUUCAUUAACACUCACUGUCCGUGUGCCUGUUCUUCCUCCUGCUCUGUGUUUGUCCUCCAAAUGUGGAAUAAUUACUGAUGGAUCCCAGAUAUGACAUACCGCGGAGGGCCGGCGGCGGCGGCGGGGGCUCUGCAAACUCAUCCCCGGCCAUGGGCGCCCAGUCGCGCCGCAGGAAGAUGCCCCCCAGACCCGCUGAUUACAAACUUCAAAUCAUCAUCAUCGGCGCCCGUGGUGUCGGCAAAACCAGCCUCAUGGAGAGAUUCACCGACGACACUUUCUGUGAAGCGUGCAAGUCCACCGUAGGCGUUGACUUCAAAAUCAAGACAGUUGAGCUGCGAGGGAAGAAGAUCAGACUUCAGAUAUGGGACACUGCUGGCCAGGAGAGGUUCAACAGCAUCACGUCAGCCUACUACAGAGGUGCCAAGGGAAUAGUGCUGGUGUAUGAUAUCACCAAGCAGGAGACCUUUGAUGACCUUCCCAAAUGGAUGAAAAUGAUAGACAAGUACGCCUCAGAGGAAGCAGAGCUGCUCCUGGUAGGGAACAAGUUGGACUGUGAGACGGAUCGCGUCAUCUCCAGACAGCAGGCCGAGAGGUUUGCCUCUCGGAUAAGCGGCAUGCGCUUCUGCGAGGCCAGCGCCAAGGACAACUUCAACGUGGAUGAGAUCUUCCUGAAGCUCGUGGAUGACAUACUUAGCAAGAUGCCUCUGGAAAUUCCAAACAAGGAGCUUUCCAACAGUAUCCUGUCUCUGCAGCCUGAACCGGAAGUGCCUCCGGAGUUGCCCCCUCCCCGCAUGCGCUGUUGCUGAGAGUCCCAGUGGACACCCCCCCCUCGCCCCCCCACAUCAACCCCCCCCACCCGCCCCUCACUCCCACCAAACUCAGCCUGCACAUGCAGAGUACCAAUUUGGCCACCAGGGGGCAGCACAAAGCAGCAGUCUGGAGUUCAAGGAGCUGAUUGCUGCUGAAAGGUGCACAGACUCUCCAGCAGCCAAUAUAUCCUUCCCCUGUUUUUUUUUUCUCUUCUCCUGUUUUGUAGCUGAACACGAUGACACGUACAAAAGAAACACAUUUAACACUUAGACCUUGUGAUCCACCCACCGCCUGCCCCUCUUCUACGUACAUGUGACCCAGACUACCUCAUUCCUAGGACCGUUAGGCUAGCUGUGCCCCGCAGGUGCCUUCUAGGUUGAGAGCCCUCUGGUAGCGCUGCACAUUUUCUAGGAAGGGGAUGCUGAUGGUAGUAACACUCACUGUCUUCCUGUUUUCUUUUAACGGUAGUCAUCAUCACUCAUACGGUGCACAAAGUUCGACAUGGUUCCCAGUUGCCUGGGCCGUCUCUUAUCCCUGCAUCUUUUAGCGUAUGGAAAAGGGAUAAUCGUACCUCACAUCUCCGCAGUUUAAUUUGAUAUCUGGGUCGUGGUAGGUACAGUUGUUUUAUAUUUUAAUUGUGGAUGUUAUUAUCACAUAUUUGACUUGGUUGGAAGAAAAAAAAAUGGAGUUAGACAAAAGCACAUAAUUUGUCUUGUAAUUGAGGUGAUGUAAAUAUGGUUAUAAGUGGCAUAGGCGUGUUCUAAUGACUGGACUCUGAUUUGCCGAAGUGCAGAAAUUCAGCACGUGUGUUUUCAUGGCCAACGAGGGGUAGUUGUUUUGGGGCGGUGUGGCCAUAUCAAGAUUGUAUCCCUUUGCCUUAAAGUGUUAGUGGCUGGAAUGGCUCAUGCGACAUUUGUAGAAACCGAAACGUUUUGCACUACAAUCCGUUGUAGCUAGUUAAACUGACAUGCUGAACUGUGUAGGGAGGCAGUGUUACAUUGAAGUAUGUUGGUAGUUGUAGUAGUAUAGGACUAAUAAAGAUAAAGGCUGCCUGAGCGGUGGCUGCUCUGAACCCUUCCACUCCCUCUGACUGUGUUGAAUGAAAUGCAAGUCCAGAUGGGUGAUGUAGUCUCUGAGGGGUUUGUUGCUUUCACACUUUCUGUUGAUAUGGGGGCAUUCUCCAUGUGCAAGGAGAUACCACACACAUACACCGGGCUCUAGCCUUCUCUUUGGUCUCCAUACUAAUGUGUUUUCUUUUGAUGUUUGUUUCUUUUUCCUUUCCUCUGAAUUCAGAUACACAGAGAAGUGUGUGUGUGUGAGUGAGUGUCCCUCCAGGGUAAAGGUUGGAAGUGCAGGAAGACAUGUUCAGUAUUUGAAUGACUCAGGAAAUUUUGUUCGGCUCAUACGUGCUCAUUUUAGCAGGCUUUCAAUGCAAGCAUGAUUUCCCAAGACUCUUAAAACUAACAGUAAGCUCUUUAUAGAAAAAACAGUUUGAACAAGAAAUUUCAAGGUGGUUAGAAGAUGGUUAGCAGUUUUUUGUUUUGUUCAUGGCCCACAGUUUGUUUUGGACCAGUAAGGGAUGCCCCCUUUCUUGCACAUUUUGCCUAAAUACAAGGCUAUGUAUGUUAAUAUUUAGUUAAACAAAUUAACCUAGAGGUCAUCUAACGAGCAUAUUGACUUGAUAACAUGAUCCCUACCCAUUUUUGCAAGUUGAAAGCACAAUUCUCUCACGGGGGAAUAUUUCAGUUUCAGACAGUAUGCCAGAUCCUGAUAUGGAUCGAGAAAGCUAGUAUUGUGAAAACCUCCGGUUCAGUGUUAAUAGACAUAAGUACUCCUCAUUUGAUGUCUAACAGUUCAAUGUGACAUCAGUGCAAUUUGAACAGUAGUGCUGUGACUGUGUUUGUUUUGUUCAGACAUGUUCAGUCAGUGGUAAACAGCCUGUUAUUGAGGAGGGAGAAGCCUUUUCAAACGACCUGAUUUGAAUUUACUCAUAUUGAUUUGCAAUGCUAUACAUUUUUUUUUUUUUUUUUGAUUUGUGAACUUUAUAUGUACAGGCCAAGAUGUUUGGAGCUGUUUGUGAUACAUGCUCUUCUGUGGGACUUUUGGGUUUAGAUGGCACAUUUAUGUAUUCAAACAAACGGAGCAGUUUCAUCCCAAAAUGAGAUAUCCACCAGGUUAAAAAAAAAAAAGUGGACACCUACUCUUUAAAUGAUUCAAGGUACAACUUACUCCAGUGUAGUGUUGUUCCCAGCAAGCUAAAAACCUUUGCUUACAAAUCAAAUGCAGUUUUGGGCAACGUCAGCUGUUUUCUCUGUUUUUUUAUAUAGAGCAAGGAACAUUAUCUAACUUUGUUUUUCAACUCUUCUUUGGAUAUCCCGUCUUGGAAUGAAACCUUUCACAUGCCCCCCCUGGCUCAAGCACUUGGCACUAACCCUGUGGUCUUUUCUUUAAUAGCCGAGCCUUACACUACUCAACGUUUUAAAUAUACAUUUUAAAAUGCUUUCAUUUUUAACGUGCAUCCUUUCAGAUGGAAGACUGUACUUUGUAUUAAACCUGUUAUAAGUCUAUGAAAACAUUUGGCAUGUUAAAAAGCGGAUUUGUGGUAUUUAUAACUUGUGGCAUUCUUGAACUAAUGAAGUGCAAAUAAAGAUAUCUAUAUUUAUUACCAGA